AUGGCACCGUCGGGAACGCAAAUAAAACGGGGAUGUCAGAGAGUUUUGUAUUGGAUUCCAGUCUUGUUCAUUGCCGUGAUAGUGGCAUGGUCAUACUACGCCUAUGUUUUGCAGCUGUGCAUAGAGUCCAUCGACGACACUGGUGAAAAGGUUGUGUAUCUGCUGGUGUACCAUGUGGUCUUCAUUAUGUUUGUCUGGGCGUACUGGCAGACCAUCUUCACCCAGCCCCUCAAUCCACUCAAAGAGUUCCAGCUGUCGUACUCGGACAAGGAGCUGCUGGAGCGUGAGGACCGAGGGGAGUCCCAGCAGGAGAUCCUCCGCCGGAUCGCCAAAGAUCUGCCCAUCUACACACGCACCAACUCCGGAGCGAUUCGCUUCUGUGACCGGUGCCAGCUGCUGAAGCCAGAUCGAUGCCAUCACUGUUCAGUCUGUGAUAAAUGUAUUUUGAAGAUGGAUCACCACUGCCCCUGGGUGAACAACUGUGUGGGUUUCUCCAAUUACAAAUACUUCAUGUUAUUUCUGCUGUACUCGUUGCUCUACUGCCUCUUCAUCACUGCUACAGACCUCAAGUACUUCAUCAAGUUCUGGCUGGCCGGAGGUAGAGCCCAUUUCCGCCUCAGAGAGUACUUGAACGGGCUCCCGGACACUCAGGCCAAGUUCCACAUCCUGUUCCUCUUCUUCUCUGCGUCCAUGUUCUCCGUCAGUCUGGCCUCGCUCUUCAUCUACCACUGCUGGCUCGUGUGCAAGAACCGCUCCACUCUGGAGGCCGUCCGAGCGCCAGUGUUCCGCCACGGCACGGACAAGAGCGGCUUCAGUCUCGGCUGCAGCAAAAACUUCCGGCAGGUUUUUGGAGACGAAGUGAAGUACUGGCCGGUCCCCGUCUUCUCCAGUCUAGGAGAUGGAUGCUCGUACCCGACAUGUCUGGUGAAUCUUGACCCUGAGCAGCCACCGUCCCCCGUUGGCCCCAUCCCGGCCACAAAGAUUGCAGCAGAGGCUCGACAGUUCCCCUCCAAACCUCUGAGAGAGUCCCAGAGCCGGCUGCUCACCACCACCCUCUCCUGGUCAGACAGUGAAGGUGCAGCAGACAAGGACAAGAAAGGAGCUAGUAAUCCAAUAAUGACCAUCGAACAUGAGGCGUGA